UAGUGGACUGGGCGGGGCGAGAAUAGUACAGCGCAGCAGUGAGCUAUGGACUGCUGGAAGGGAAGCCUUAGUUAAGAGGAUCCUCGGCAGAGAAAGGGCAGCGAUAGAACCUUGCGCGCGUCCACUUAGCCUGAGCCAGUGCAUCAUCGUGUGCACAUGCGUAGAAGGAAGACCAGGAUUGGUUUGUCAACUUCUUGUCGCAACCAAUCUGGACGCGCCGAGGGUGGGUCUUAACCCUCUGACAGUCUGCGCGCGCAUUUCUUUCGGCGCGCAUUUCUUCCAGCCAUGGAGUCGGAGCUGGUACGACGCCUCGCCCCGCGCCUCGGCCUAGCGGAUCCGAGUGUACUGAGGAAAGCAGAGGAGUACCUGCGGCUGUCUAAGGUGAAGUGUGUCAGCAUGUCUGCACAUAGCUCAGAAACCAGCAAUGCUGUUAUAUGCCUGGACCUUGCAGCUUCCUGGAGGAAGUGCCCCUUGGAUAGAGCAUAUUUAAUUAAACUCUCUGGUUUGAAUAAGAAGAUGUAUCAGAGCUGUCUUAAAUCUUUUGAGUGUUUGCUGGGAUUAAAUUCAAAUAUUGGAAUAAGAGACCUAGCUGUACAGUUCAGCUGUACAGAAGCAGUGAACUUGGCUGCAGAGAUAUUGGAAAGCUACGAGUCUAGUCUUCCGGAAGCACAGCGAGCAGACCUUGACUUAUCCAGGCCGCUGUUCACCACUGCUGCACUGCUUUCAGCAUGCAAAAUUCUAAAGAUAAAGGUGGAUAAAGCCAAAAUGAUAACUACAUCUGGUGUGAAAAAAGCAAUAUUUGAUCGACUGUGUAACCAGUUAGAAAAGAUUGGGCAGCAGAUUAACAGAGACUCUGCAGUUAAAGCUAGUUCAUCACUGAAGAAAAAAAAGCCAGUGUUUAGUCCAGCACUGAAGAAAAAGAAGCCAGGGAUUGAACCACCAGCAAAAGAAAUAGAAGUAAUAGAAACCCCACAUAAACUACCAAAAGAUGAAGAUCUGACACAGGAUUAUGAAGAGUGGAAAAGGAAGAUUUUGGAAAAUGCUGCCAAAGCUCAAGUAGCCACAGCAGAGUGAUUUCUAUUUCACUGCAGUCCUGUGCUUCUGUCUGGGAGAUGAAAGGUGUGGAGAUCUUCUCUAAGCCUGCGUACCAGGUGUGCUGUGGAGUGUCUCCAUAUGGAGGAUGCUAGUACUAGGCACCUCACAUGGACACUAGAUCAACCGUAUUGCCUCUGUAGACUCAGAUCUGUCCUCUCCUAUGGGGUGAAAUUGGGACCAUUUUGGUUCUGUUUAUUAAGUUUAAGGAAGUUUCCCAACUAAACCUAGAAUGCAAAUUUCAAGCUGAAAGGCAUCUCAAACAUUUUAUUUGUUUUAGUGUGUUUUUUUAAUUUUAUUUCACUAAAUCAAUGUUAUAUAGCCUAAGUUAAUAAAUAUUUAUUUUUUAAA